AGUAGAGCUGGUGUCCGUCGGAGUAGAGCUGCUCUCUGACGGAGUAGAGCUGGUGGUGUCUGAAGGAGUAGAGCUGCUCUCUGACGGAGUAGAGGUGGUGGUGUCUGAUGGAGUAGAGCUGGUGUCUGACGGAGUAGAGCUGGUGUCUGAUGGAGUAGAGCUGGUGUCUGACGGAGUAGAGCUGGUGUCUGACGGAUUAGAGCUGGUGGGGUCUGACGGAGUAGAGCUGCUCUCUGACGGAGUAGAGCUGCUCUCUGACGGAGUAGAGCUGCUCUCUGACGGAGUAGAGCUGGUGUCUGACGGAGUAGAGCUGGUGUCUGAUGGAGUAGCGCUGGUGUCUGACGCAGCAGCUGGUGUCUGACGUAGCAGCGCUGGUAUCGGGUGGUGUAAUGGGCGUGUUACUCGACAGCAGCUGGAUGAAGUUCGGUCCGGCGGAGCGAGACUCUCUGGAGUGGUCUCCCGGCCCCCCGCCCCCAACGGAGCGGCUGCCUGACCAGACCAGUCCGGGGGAGUCCCGCCUCGGCAAGCUGUCCGUCGUCUCGGUGGUCACGGCGACGGCGGCCUUGCUUCUCCUCCUGGGGGGGGUGCUGGGGCUGCUGGCUUGUCGGCGGCGGCGGGCCGGGGGCAGGAAGCCGGGCCUGCUGGCCAACGUGAUCGCCCUGGAGGACCUGGAGGACCUGGAGGACCCCGAGGUCCUGGAGGUCCUGGAGACCCUGGAGGACCUGAGAGACCCGGAGAGGAGCCGCGAGCUGCUCUCCUCCUGCCGCCGCAGCAACAGCCGGCGCUGGCGCUCCUCCAGCGCCAGCUCGGAGGAGCAGGACCCGGCCGACGGGGUCUUCCUCAUGGUCUACCUCCCCUCCCCCUACCAACACACCCUCACACGGCUCGCCAGAGCCGCCAGCACCCGGAGCUCCCGCAGGUCCCUGGGGGCCUGGGGGGGGGCUAAAGACCUGGAGACCCCCAGAGACCCGGAGAGCCCAAAAGAGUUCCAGGCCUCAAAAGACCUGGAGAUCCCUGGAAUCCUGGAGACCCCCAAAUACCUGGAAACCCCGAGGGGCCUGGAGCCCCCCAAAGUCCUGGAGACCCCCAAAGACCCAGAGACCCCUAAAGACCUGGAUAGCCCCAAAGAAUUCCAGGCCUCAAGAGACCUGACGACCCCACUGGAGACCCCCAGAGUCCUUGAGAGCCCCAGAGUCCUGGAGACCUCCAGAGACCUGGAGAAUCCAAGACUAAUGGAGAACCCCAGACACCAGGAGACCCCAAGAUACAUUGAGACCCUGGGAGACAUGGAGACACCAAGAAUCCUUGAGACCCCCAAAGACCUGGAGUCCCCCAAAGAUCUAGAGACCCCCAGAGACCUGGAGACCUGGAGAGACCUGGAGAUCCUCAAAUGCCUAGAGAGCCCCAAAGAUCUGGAGUCCCCCAAAGAUCUAGAGCCCCCCAGAGACCUGGAGACCUGGAGAGUCCUGGAUAUCCCCAAAUACCUAGAGAGCCCCAAAGAGCUCCAGGCCUCAAGAGACCUGGAGACUCCCAAAUACUCCAGGUCUCUCCAGAGACCUGGAGAAUCCAUGAAUCCAAGACUCAUGGAGACCCCCAGAGACCUGGAGACUCCACUAGAGACCCCCAGAGUCCUGGAGACCUCCAGAGACCUGGAGAAUCCAAGACUCAUGGAGAGCCCUAGAGAACUGGAGACCUUGGGAGACCUUGAGACCUUGGGAGGCCUUGAGAUCCCAAGAGACCUGGAGACCAUGGGAGACAUUGAGACCUCUAGAGACCUGGAGACCUGGGGAGACCUUGAUACCCCCAGAGACCUGGAGACCUGGAGAGACCUUGAAACCCCAAAAGACCUUGAGAACUCUGGAGGCCUGGGUACCUCGUUAGACUUGACCGGGGCAAACAGUGGAAUGCAGCAGGAUGAGAAGAUGUGAUAAUAGUACUGCAGUACUACUACAGUUGUAAUAUCACCUACUACAGAACUACUGCAGUACUACUUUUACCUAUUGCAGUACUACUAUCAACUACUAAAGUACUACUGCAGUAAUACUAUUACCUAAUGUAGUAGUCUGAAGUCUUGAUUCUAUAGCGAACCCUGAGUCUUGUUCAUAUAGUGAACCCUGAAGUCUUCUUUCUAUAGUGAACCCUAAAGUCUUGUUUCUACAGUGAACCCUGAAGUCUUCUUUCUAUAGUGAACCCUGAAGUCUUGUUUCUAUAGUGAACCCUGAAGUCUUGUUUCUAUAGUGAACCCUGAGGUAUUGUUUAUAUAGUGAACCCUGAGGUAUUGUUUAUAUAGUGAACCCUGAGGUCUUGAUUCUAUAGUGAACCCUGAGGUCUUGAUUAUAUAGUGAACCCUGAGGUCUUGAUUCUAUAGUGAACCCUGAGGUCUUGAUCUAUAGUGAACCCUGAGGUCUUGAUUCUAUAGUGAACCCUGAGGUCUCAUAUCUAGCCCUACAAGUGGAUUCUGUUGAUAUUGAACCUUCAUGGUUGAAGGCACUCAUUGUCGCUACGGAUAAAAGCAACAGCAAAAUAAAUGAAAUAACAAAAUACCUUAACAUUCUUUGUGAUGUGUUAAAUACCUUAUUAUACUUUGUUAUGUGUAAAAUACCUUAUUAUACUUUAUAAUAGCCAUGAAGGUACUAUGGACUUCAUGCUGAACGACUUGUGUCGUUUAUUGACUUAUAUUCUAUGAUGUGGAAUUGUAAAUGAUAUAUAUAUAUAUAUGUUUUAUGUAGAUUCGUAACAUGGAAGUCAGUGUUAAAGUAUUAAAGGAU